AUGUCGAAUCUUCGCCUUCGGUUGAAGUAUAUGGACAAGUCUUCAGUUGCAACCAUUCCUAAUGAUGCUUCCGUACAAAGCUUCUUGGAAACUGCAGCGGCUACAUUCUCUCUUGCUCCAGAUUCCAUUUCUAUAAAGCUUGGAUUUCCUCCAAAAGAUCUCCCUUUAAAUGAUAUGGGGUCACCUAUUUCAAGUUUGAUCUCGUCUGGACAACAGAUCCUUGUCGUCAAAUCUCCGUCAGCUACAAAAAACCAGGUCACUCCAGCUCCCAGCAUUCCUCAAGCUGUCUCCAAACCUACCGAAAGUUCCUCCAAUGCAUCAACCAUGCCAAGUACGCGCAAUUCCACCAGUGGCUCUCAGGAUCCUCCAUACGUGAAUACGCCACUUGGUGACAUGGCCCUUCGAGUUAUGCCAGAUGAUAACUCUUGUCUUUUUCGCGCCUUAUCAAAGCCCUUGGGAUUCUCUCCUUACGACCUUCGAGAAGUGGUCGCCAGCACAAUAUUAUCCAACCCCGAGUUAUACUCUACAGCUGUUUUGGGUAAACCUCCUAUCGAAUAUGCUGCUUGGAUUCGUAAAGAGUCAAGUUGGGGUGGCUAUAUUGAGCUUUCCGUUCUAUCCUCCCAUUUCGACUUAGAAAUCUGCUCCGUUGAUGUCCAAACUGGUCGUGUCGAUUCUUACAAUCCUCAACCAGCCACAGGUCAGCGGACUUUUAUUGUUUAUUCCGGUAUCCAUUACGAUUUAGCAGCUUUGGCUUCCGUACUUUGGGAUACGGAUGCCGAUAUUGUUUUGUUUGAUGCUUCAGAUGAUACAACAUUACCCUACAUACAACAACUGUCGUCCUAUUUGAAAAAUAUGCAUUACUACACAGAUACUGCAUCCUUUACGAUUCGCUGUAAUACUUGUGGUGCUGGUUUGGUAGGCGAAAAAGACGCUUCUGCACAUGCUAUGACUACUGGUCAUGUUCAAUUCGGCGAAUAUUAA